AUGGAUAUAUCCAAGCCCAUCCUCUUCUACGAUAUUGCCUCCGGUCCCCCGGCCACUUGCUUUGCACCCAAUCCCUGGAAGACUCGACAUGCUCUGAACUUCAAAGGUGUCAAUUACCAGACCGAAUGGGUUGAACUACCAGACGUCACAGACGUCCGCAAGCGACUAGGUGCAACCCCGAACCGCACACAUAGAGACGGCAAUGCUUUUUACACUCUACCCGUCAUCCACGACCUUACCACCGGCGAUAUCGUCGGAGAUUCGCUCGAAGUCGCGCAAUAUAUUGAUAAGACCUCGACGGCGAGCCAUGACGCGAAAGGGUUCAAUGUCCUAGUGGACACCCUUUUCACUCAGUGUGUUGUCCUUUUUAUCCACGGGAUACCUUUGAACCCUGUCACUGCAAAUAUUUCCAAAGCUACCUUUUGCGAAAGGGCAGGGGUAGAUGAUUGGGAGAGGCUUACGGUUCGCGGUGAAGAGAGGGUGAAGAUGCUCGAGGAUUUUAAGAAGGCUCUUGGGGAAUUGGCGGAGCUUUACAAUAGAAAUACCAAGGGGCCGUUCCUGGAGGGACCUACACCGUCGUAA